UCUAGAUCAAACCAGAAGCUCUACAACAUCACAGCGGAGAGCAGUAGCUGGAACCACUGUGCUGCUGGCUUCUGAUUCCAGCAGAAACAUCUGGUAGCCUUUGGGGGUGGGGAAGACAGUUGAGUGGCAAGCUUUUAAGAUUCUCUUCCCAAUUCUAGUAUUGGGAGCCAAGAUUCUUGAAGCCCCUAGGAGUAAUCUGCCUUGGCCAUGGAUUCUUCUGUGCUCUUUGAGGAUCUCGCUCCGGAUUUCUCCUGCCCUGUAUGCUUGGAGUGGUUCUGGGAGCCAGUUGCCCUCCUUUGUGGGCACCUCUACUGCCAGGCCUGCAUUGAGAGAGCAUGGAGAGCCCCUGGCAGCAAGUUUAUCUGUCCUCAGUGCCGUCAGCAGUUUCCAGAGAGGAGGUACACCCCAUGCAAGCUCCUGGGGACCUUGAUUCACCGGAUCAGGGGGAUGAAUCCUGGGGAGGCCGAGGAGGGACGACGCACUGAAGCUAGCUGCAGAGAAUCUGCUCUGCACCAGAAUAGCACACUGCUCUCUGUUCAUGAGGCUGCAAAGUGUUAUAAGGAGGAGCUGUCUUUAGCUAUUUCGCAGAUGGAAGCUAACCAGACUAAACUUCUCAUGCUUAAGAGGGAGGAAGAAGAGAAACGCCAGAACCACCAGGCAGUUAUGCUCAGCCUGGAUGACCACAUCUCCACUGAAUAUAAGCAGCUCCACUGCUUUCUCUAUGCCGAUGAGAAAGCUUGCAAGGCGAGGCUGAAGGAGGAAGGGGGACACGUGCUCCAGGAGACUGAGGAGAGACUUAGUGUACUGAGGGAGUCUUGUCGGCUGAGCCAGGAGUUGUUGUUGGAAGCCAAGGACCACCUGCAGCUACGAGACUCUGCAAGCUUCCUAAUGGGAUUACACUCCAUCCUGAACAGGGUGAAGCAGCAGCAAGCCACCCCAGCUUUUCCUGUUGUGCCACCCAUAUUGCAGAUCCUUGGACAGUUCAAGGGGCCUCUACAGUAUGUUGCUUGGAGGAAAAUGAAAUCUGCUCUCAACCUAGACUUCCCCUGGAUAACCUUGGACCCCGAAACAGCUCAUCCGUGUCUUGUCCUUUCAGAUGACUAUACUUGUGUCCGUGAUGGUCAUAUCCGCCGGGAUGUCCUGGACACUCCUAUGCGGUUCAACUACUGUGUAGCGGUGUUGGGCUGCCAGGGUUUCUUCUCAGGGAAACAUUACUGGGAGGUGGAAGUUGGCAACAAGCCAUCUUGGACCUUAGGCCUGGUUAGCAUUUCCAUCAACCGCAAAGGGAAAAUCGCUGCCUCCCCUGGAAACGGAUACUGGGUAAUCCGGCUGCGGAAUGGGAUGGAACUAAUGGCCAAGGACACCCCCCCUCAAAGACUGUGCCCCACCUCUUUUCCCACGAGAGUUGGGGUUUAUCUGGACUAUGAUGGGGGGCUAGUAUCUUUCUGUGAUGCCUCUACCAUGGUUCACCUCUACACUUUUGUGAGCUCUAGGUUCAAAGGGAGGUUGUUCCCUUACUUUUGCCCUGGACUGUACAGUUCAGGGGAGAAUGCAACCCCCUUAAAAAUAUGCCACCUUCCACUAUGGUAAAGAUCCCCCUUUCUGCUAUUCUUCACCCAUGAAUAGAUUGACACACUUGCUUUAUACAAGGAUGAUACCCUGAAUCUUUUGAACUAAACUGAAGGUUCUAAAUCUUCCAUCAUACAUAUAAUUUUUAAAUAUUCAAAUGUGUAUCUUCAGUAGUAAAUACAAACUUACUCCAAAGAACUCCUUCCCUCCAGACAUUCUAUGUUUAUAUAUCAUUUACACAAUAUUUUUAUGUUGAGUUUAAGGGGGAAAACCCUCCCAAGGCUGCAUACAAUUAAAAUACAACACAGUGCAAUGAUAAAAUAAUUAAAAGCCAGUAAAAAUAAGCCACGGACCUGCAGCCCACAAAAUUCCAUAGCUGGAAAAAAAAAAAUCAGCAAGGUAUUUAAGUAUAGAAGGUAUUUAAGAUAGGACUCUAUAAGGUCGGUUGUAUUGUCCCAUGGUUUUACCUGUAUUAUUUUAAAUUGUUUUUUUGUAUUUUAGGUGUAUGCUUCAUGGUUUUAAUGUCAUGAAUAGUUUAAUUGUAUUUUAAUUGUAUACUUUUGUAUGCUUUUAACCAUAUGUAGUUUUUAUCUGUAAGCCGCCCUAAGUUCCAGCUUUGGAAAAAGGGCGGGGUAAAAAUAAAGAUUCAUUCAUUCAACUCAAAAACAGCAGGUAAGAACAAAGAACAAGUGGAUCUAUGGGGCAUUGCUGGUAGAUCUCCUUCAGUAAAAACAGUACUGUUUCUAACUCAUCCCCAGAAAUGGUUAAGCCUAAGGAUAUUCCUGAUAUGUUUAAAGACAGUAGUGAGGUGGCAAAUUCACAAGUGCAGGGUCCCUUCAUGAUAGUCACAGCCAUUCCCUCUCUCCUUUUUUUCACUCUUGGGUUGAAAAUGAGAUCCUUGUUAAUGCCUUCUUCCACAACAACAGGUGUCCCUAGGAGCCAUUAAGCAUGAAAGGGGAGAGUGCUAGCUACUGAAAAGAGUAAUUUCAAUGGCUGACUCACCUCCUUUCAAUCUGAUUGGCUCAAAUCAGCAGAAAGGGAAAGGGAAGCAUGUUAGAAGUCUAUUCUCAGUGGCUAACACACUCCCCUUUCAUGCUGAUUGGCUCGCAGGAUCCUAGAGACAUAGGGGCCCUGCUGGGACCCUGGUCUCCAGAAACUAAGGAAUCAAUAACACCCUCCCCACAGACCCUGGACAACUACACCUUUGCUUAAAGGUCUAUCAGGGCAGAGCCAGAGAGGUAAAGAUUGCACUAAAAUUGGGGUUUAUCCUAAAACCAUCAAGCAAUGCAAUUUAUAGUGGGUGCAGGCGCAAUGCACAUUUGAAAGAGGCACAGAAACAAAGUUGGGACAGAGUGGGAUGGUGGAGAACAUAGCUUCCGGAAACUGAAUGUGCCACCUCUAAGAAGCAACAUGAUUUUAAAAGGGUAUUUCUCAGACUUUUUGAACAUGGAAGCUGAACCCCUUCCUCUGUGUUGGAACUCUGACAGUGCAACUCAGCUUGAAGCAUGGGAGGGGACUGCAUACUACAUGGGAAGUAGAGAGGUAGACAGAAGUACUCCUAGAUUCCUAGACUGUUCUGUCCACUCUCACCUAAGCUCACUUUUCCUUCCAAGUGUGAACUGAUAUCCUCAGAGGAAACUAAUCUCCCUUCCUGCUCCUUCUGUGAUCUCAGUCUUCCUUUGUUCUUUUUGCCAGCAUGGCUCCCUGAGGAGGAGCACAGAUGCAGCAGACAUCUCUUCUCAGGCAUCUCCUGUCUAGUUAGUCAGAUAUGGGUCUUUUCUAGCUAGAUGUAUUUCCUACA